CCGCUAACCAAGAAAUGCGAGCCUGCCAAAUGGAAUGCUGUAUUGCACCAUUUCUAAAGAAGAGGAAAAUGAUUUUGGUUUUGCGGCGUGAUUUACUUCGUUCAUUUAUAUAACUGUGAAGAAGUCGUUUUGAAUUUUUUGGAAUUCAACUAUUGAUAAACAUAGACCGCAAACAUGGAGGGGGCAGACGCUGCUGAUAGAAAUGUGGAAAUGUGGAAAAUAAAGAAGUUGAUAAAAAGUCUUGAAGCAGCCAGAGGAAAUGGUACUAGCAUGAUAUCGUUGAUCAUACCUCCUAAAGACCAGAUUUCCAGAGUUGCCAAAAUGUUGGCGGAUGAGUUUGGUACAGCCAAUAUAAAAAGUCGUGUUAACAGGUUAUCUGUGUUAAGUGCAAUCACUUCUGUCCAGCAGCGACUUAAACUAUAUAAUAGAGUUCCACCAAAUGGGUUGGUGAUAUACUGUGGUACCAUUGUCACUGAAGAUGGCAAAGAAAAAAAAGUGAACAUUGAUUUUGAACCAUUUCGACCAAUAAACACCUCCCUUUAUCUCUGUGAUAAUAAAUUUCACACCGAGGCCUUAAGUAAUUUACUAACUGAUGAUACAAAGUUUGGCUUUAUUGUUAUGGAUGGAAAUGGCGCUCUCUUUGGUACUCUUUGUGGAAAUACCCGCGAUGUUCUUCAUAGAUUCACGGUGGACUUGCCAAAAAAACACGGUCGUGGCGGGCAAUCUGCCUUGCGUUUUGCUCGAUUGAGGAUGGAAAAGAGACACAACUACGUUAGAAAAGUUGCCGAAACUGCUGUUCAACUGUAUAUAUCUAAUGAUAAACCAAACGUUACAGGCUUAAUCUUGGCCGGAUCAGCUGAUUUUAAAACAGAACUAAGUCAAUCCGAUAUGUUUGAUCAGCGUCUUCAAACGAGAGUUCUGAAGUUAGUGGACGUAUCUUACGGCGGGGAAAAUGGUUUUAACCAGGCUAUAGAAUUGGCUUCUGAAGUUUUGGCCAAUGUAAAGUUUAUUCAGGAGAAGAAAUUGAUCGGGAAGUACUUUGAUGAAAUUUCUCAAGAUACCGGAAAGUUUUGUUUUGGUGUCGGCGAUACGCUGAAGGCUCUUGAGAUGGGAGCUGUCGAUAUACUAAUCGUCUGGGAAAACCUAGAGAUACAAAGAUUUGUGCUGAAGAACCACGCUCUUGAUGAGGAGAAAGUUCUACACUUGCGUCCUGAUCAGGAAAGAGAUCAAACUAAUUUCAUUGAUCAAAGUACUGGGGUCGAGAUGGAACUUGUCGAGAAAAUGUCCCUGCUGGAGUGGUUGGCGAAUAAUUACAAAAAUUUUGGUGCAACUCUCGAGAUUAUCACAGAUCGUUCGCAAGAAGGUGCUCAGUUCUGUAAAGGUUUUGGUGGUAUUGGCGGAAUUCUUAGAUACCGUGUGGACUUUCAAUCCAUGGAAGUUGACGAUGAUGACUGGAUUGAUGACAGCGACGAGGAUUGAAAAACUUCAACGUAGAACAUGAAAGUUCCAUCAUUCAUGAUAUGACUCAAUCAGUCAGACUCGAUGACGGCACGAUAUGCAUUGUUAUUGAAAUAAAAUCAUUGCAAAACAAAAGAA